AUGUCAAUAUUGAUAGAUUCAAAUAAUAUCAGACAGCUCAGGUAUUUCAAUGCAAUUCUGCAGUUCCAGUCUCUCCAUGUAUCAGAAUAUCUAGUAGAUACUUGCUUAUUCCAAAUCACAAUUGACAACCCAGUGCUGCACCGAAAUCUGCACUGGCUGCCAGUGGAACAGAAUCCUCUCUCCAACAAGGCAGCCCAAGCAACCUCUACAGCAACAUCAACUCGCCCUACCCCCAAUGAGCCUCUUUUGUGUUCUUCUUCCAAUGCACUUCCUUCGUGUCCUUCCUCCAAAGCACCUCCUUCUCAUCCUCCUUCGAAAGUGUUGAUUUCGAACCAUACUUUCGGAGAACCUCAGUUCUCACAUGUGCUUGAUGAACAGGCUGGGAUAGGAGACCAGGAGCAAGUGGGCAGUAGAUCUGGUGAGACUGACAUGAGAAAGGGCGAGGACAUGCACUACUUGGGAAACAAGCUUAAAGUAGUUGGUCACACAAUCACUCAUCCUUCUCCUGAACAUCAGAGCUCAGCAACCAAUUCCAUGCAAACAGAUCGAUUGAAGACUAGCUACAGCAAGUCUAAUGAGUGUCAUAACAACAGGGCCACAGGACAUCAGAAGCAACAAGGGAAAAACAAUGCUACCUCUCACAAAUCUGUGACAAAUGCACCAUGGUCCACACACAACAACAGCAAAGACAAUGACGACAAUGACGACAAUGACAGCAGUGGCAACAGCAAAUCAUUGCAAGUGCCACAUACUUGUGUCAAAUUCAUAAAGAACAACCUUCCCCCAGGCUUGCCCCAUGAUUUUGAUGCCCUCAUUGUGCCGAUGUGGAUUGAUUUUAUUUCCACCCUCGACAACAUCGACUUUGGAGAGCGCACAAAGAUCGUAAUCGCAAAGUAUAUUGAGGAACAAGGCUGGACAUCUGACGAGAUUCAACAAGUAGUUGCAUACAUAGUUCCCGAGGAAAUUACAUUGGUCAACAAGAAGGGACAGAAGAAUUAUUAUGGUGCUUUCGAGGACCAAUGCAUCCUUGAUACAUUUGUGCUAUAUCUUGAGCAUGUUCACUGCCUCCCAACUACAUACUGUUCUGGAAACAUGCCGAAGGGCACACUGUCUAUCGCCACAGUCACAGUCGAACAAACAUGGAAUAUGUGGAAGACGAGGCAUUUUGUUCAACCAACCAAGGCUUCUCAGCGCCAAUUUGCAGAAGGACUCUGGAGCUACAGCACAGAGCUCAUCAUGGAGUCCAUUGACGGAGCCACUCAUUGUGAAUGGAAGAAGAUCUUCAAGGGUGCGGCUCCAUUCAUCAAUGCUCAUCGGAAACAACUGACUCAGCGCAUGCAGUUACAGGCUAAGGCCUGGCAUAAAUAUGUUCCGUCCACAACACUAUCAAACUUAUUUGUUUUCAAGAAAGGGUGUGACAAACAUCUGAUGCUGCUUGACAUCAUGGUGAGAGAUAUUCCACAUGCUAAGUUUGUGUUCUUAUCAUUUGCCCAGCCACUCUUUGGCGACCUCUUCAUUGAAGUUCGCACAUCUUCAUGUGGUCAUGGCCGCUUCACCUUGUCCACUGUCAUCCAUGUCUCAGUGGCAAGCUCAUUUUAUCUGGUUAACCGUUUCAAGGCCAUGCACUGA